AUGUACUACCUCGGCGCAAUCGUUGCCUCCUGGACUUCCUACGGUACCCAGAAACAUCUAAACGAUGACUGGACCUGGCGCAUUCCGUCGAUCGUGCAAGCUGGAUUUCCUAUUAUCCAGAUUGUGCUUUUUUGGUUUCUGCCUGAGUCUCCCCGAUGGCUCAUUGCAAACGGCCAUACCCAGCAGGCGGAACAGUUACUCGCUCGCUUCCACACAGCAGGCGAUGUCUCGCACCCGUUGAUCCAAUUCGAAAUGGCCGAAAUCGCCCGGACGAUCGAAAUGGAACAUUCGGCUUCCACGAUGCGCUGGACGGCACUUGUCGACACACCCGGGAAUCGCAAGCGGACUUUCAUCGCUGUAUGCGUUGGGACGUUCGCGCAGUGGAAUGGCGUCGCCGUGGUCUCAUACUACCUAACCCUCGUCCUUGACACAAUCGGAGUUACAGAUUCCGACACGCAAACACUCAUCAACGGCCUACUACAGGUCUUCAACUUCGUCGCCGCCGGCAGCGCCGCCCUCCUCGUCGACAGACUAGGCCGUCGCCCGCUUUUUCUCUGGUCUGCGCUGGGUAUGCUGAUCUCCUUUAUUAUCUGGACAGCCUGCUCUGCAGUUGUCAACGGCGACGAUAGCAACCAAGCUGUAGGCCGCACGGUAAUCGCAUUUGUAUUCAUUUUCUACUUCCACUAUGAUAUCGCAUAUACACCGUUACUGCUGGGCUAUCCGACUGAGAUAUUCCCGUACUCGAUCCGGAGUAAAGGCGUGACGGUUGAGUUGUUGGCUGUGUAUUCAUCGCUGAUUAUACUAGCGUUUGUCAAUCCGAUUGCGCUGGAUCGGAUCGGGUGGAGGUAUUAUAUCUUUUUCUGUUGCUUUGAUGUGCUUGUGCUUGUUGUUACUUGGUUUUGCUUUCCGGAGACGAAGGGGCAUUCGCUGGAGGAGAUUGCGGAGGUUUUUGAUGGACGGGCGGUCGAUCUUGAUGAGGAGAAGGUUGGGAAGAGGGGGGUUGAGCAUGCUGAAUAUGUGGAUUGA